AUGUGUGACUUCCACAGCGCCAUGUUUCCCAGCUUCCUCCGGAGAACGGAGGGCUUCACACGGCAGCGGCCUUCACAUGCAAGGACUCCCGCGGCAAACAGUGCAUUCCCUGUGAGGUCGGCUGCUUUUCAGCUCCAGAUUCUGCCGCCCGCGAUGCUGGCCCUCUUCAGCUCCGGAGCGCGAAGGUCCCAGGCUCGCGCCCGCGCCCGCGCGGCUCGUGGUGCCGCGGUGACCUGCUUCGCGGAGGCGCCAGAGAACGGCAAGACGUCGAGCCCGAAGUCCAAGAAGAAAUUCUCCCCCUUCUGCACCACCAUGAAGCAAUGGCGCGGCCAGACGGGGCGCGGCAAGAAGGGCCAUUUUCAUCUGUUGGAUCGCUAUAUCCGACGCAUUGACGCCCUGUUGCCCGAAGACAUGGAGGACUUGGUGCGGCCGAUGAGCUACAAGCCGAAUCAAGAGAAAACCACCAGGAGCGUCAAGAUCACCUUUCCGGACGACCUCGUCGAUCCUGGUGAGAUCACGGAGGACGAGGUGAAAGCCUUCCUGGCGCCCGUGGGGAGCGCACCCAGCUCCAUCGCUUUGGGAUGGAAAGACGACCGAGGCAAUGCAGAAGUGUUCGUUCUCUUCGAGGACAACGAUGCAUGCCGAGUCGCGCGGCAAACGCUGGAUGGCCAGAAGAUCGGUGGCAGACAUGCGCAAGUUCGAUUCACCGUUGACAACAAAUUCCGCAGGGUCAUGGAAGACUUGGGCUUUUGGGAGAAAGAUAGUGGCCAAUUAGACCAGCUGGAGCAGCCGGUGGAGCAGCAGACGCCGUUUGACUCUGACUGCUGGUCUCUUGCUCGUAUUGAGCAGAUGCGGCUCUAUGAAGAAAAGAAGCACGAUGCAAGGUGCUGUUCUGCUCCCGGGCCUUGUAGAUGCGCCCGCGCCAUGAGCGCUUCAUGGCUGGGCGGUGCAGCGACCCGGCACGUGGAACUCAAUCGAAGGCUAUCACGAUGCAAGUCCUUGCAGGAGCUUCAGCAGGUGGUCCAUGGAGCGAAUGGCGCCUUGAGCUUGGUCAAUAUGGUCACAGCACUGCAUCGCUUGGCACACGUGACCGCUGGCGAGAAGCGGCAGCCAGCAUCAAGUCGAACCUUGGCCCAGCAGCUCCAGCAGAAGUCUCGGCCCCAGCGGAGAAGAAGCAGGGAUCGGCCCGAUGGGCCCGAUAGGCGGCUUCUGGCGCUAACCUGAGGACUCGUCCGCAGAUGGCGGCAGCUUCACCGGUUCACAGAUGGGGUGCCAAGCCGUGGACAUGUUCUUUUCGGGUGACGGCUUGGACCUAUAUGGGAUAGGGUUCUUCAACUUCCGUUGGUUUGUAGCCCGAAGAGUGAAUAGGGAGACCGAUACCGAGGCGUUCCGCCCCGAUGAAAAUGCAAAUACCGUAUGGCACAGCAUGGGCAUUGCGUCAUGUAAAAAAAAACAAAGGUCACAGGGCACAGUGGAG